UUGUUGCUGAAGCUCCUCCUUAAUUACUCGUUUCUCUCCGUCUCUCGCGCGCGCUCUCUCUCUUUCUCUCUCUCUCUCUCUCUCCCCCCGUUUUUUUUCUCUCAUCCGGUCGCGCGCCUUUCUCCCGUGGCUGUCACUCAGUAGUUUCCCGCCAGGACAGCAAAGGACGGGACGGGACGGGACGGGACGACACUUUUGUUGUGGCGGCGGUGGUGGUGGUGCGUAGAAGCGGGCUCGCGCGGCUCGCCUCGCGCGGCAAAGUUUUUGUUUGUUUUUGUUUGUCCCAUUUGGGGGAGGGGGGCGGCAUGGAGGAGGCCAAGGAGCCGGUGCGAUGUUCGUCGUCGUUCAGCAUCAAAAGCCUCCUGCUGCCGUCCACGAAGUGCGAAGCCCGCGGCGACUCUUGCGCUUCCGGCACGCCGCUGCACGAGCCUCUUUCCCCGGGGUCGGACGCGGAGAGGUCGCCGCAGGGUCCGGCGGGGGCGGGGGUGGGGGCGGGGAGCUCGGAGCCGGACAAGGCGCUGCGGGAGGGCGGCGAGGCGACGGAGCAGGAGGGCGAGGGCGGCGGCGGCGGCGGCGGCGGCCCGUCGUCGGCGGCCAAGAACGGCAAGUACGACAAGCCGCCGUUCUCGUACAACGCGCUGAUCAUGAUGGCCAUCCGCCAGAGCCCCGAGAAGCGGCUGACGCUCAACGGCAUCUACGAGUUCAUCAUGAAGAACUUCCCCUUCUACCGCGAGCACAAGCAGGGCUGGCAGAACUCCAUCCGCCACAACCUGUCGCUCAACAAGUGCUUCGUCAAGGUGCCGCGGCACUACGACGACCCGGGCAAGGGCAACUACUGGAUGCUGGACCCCAGCAGCGACGACGUCUUCAUCGGCGGCACCACGGGCAAGCUGCGCCGGCGCUCGGCCACGUCGCGCGGCAAGCUGGCCAUCAAGCGCGGCCUGCGCUUCGCCCCGCUCGGCCUGGGCGGCGUCGGCGUCAACGAGCGGCCGUCCAACCCGCUCUACUGGCAGAUCUCGCCCUUCCUCUCCCUGCACCACCCGCACCCGCACCCGCACUCGCACCCGCACCCGCAUUACAACGGAGCCUCGUCCGCGGGCUUCCUCGGCCAGGCGGCCGGUUACGGGUCGCUGCUGCCGUGCGUCGAGCAGUUGGCCAACGGGGACCUGAGCCGCACGGUGCUGCAGGGCGGCCUGACCAACUCGUACGGCGUCGGCCUGCUGUCGGCGCAGGCUCCGGCGGCGGCGGCCGGCUACUUCGUCUCAUCCGGGAGCCAGCAGGGCCCGCCGCCGCACUUACAGCAAGGCGCCGCCGGCUUCGGAGCGCUGGCGAGCGGCGGCGGCGGCGGCAGCCCCCCGCCCCCGCACCCGCCCUCUCACCCGCUGUUGUCGGACUCGCUGAGGAGCAGCUCGGCGGCGGCGGCGGCCUUCUCGCAGUCCGGCGUGUCGGCGGCGGCGGCGGCCUUCCCCGGCGUGCUGGGCCACCAGAAGAGGGUCGCCCCCAACGCUUUCCUAAACUGAAAGGCGAAGCUCAUCCUUCCUCACUCGUUUUGUUCACCGCCUGCGGAGGCCGAAGCAGAGCGACACAAAAGAAGAAGAGAUAAACCUAUAUUUCAAAGUAUAUGCGACAAGGAAGUCGGGUUGUGCCCUCCAGUGAUUGAUCUGGAACUUUUUAUUGCGGG